UUUGGAUUGGUCCGGUUUUUGACCCUAGACACAGGGCGUGUCAUCGUAUGCGCAACUGUCAUGUAUAAAUGCUGCGCGCGCGCUCAUCUCGUCACACUGACGAAUAAACACUCGACAUGGCUGUCAAAAUCACAAUCUUCUUCUGCAUGAUAGCAGCGGCGGCGGCCGGCGUCGUGGAGGUCGCCCCCGCGGCAGUCCAGGUCGCGCCCGCCACCAAGGUCAUCUACGAGGAGCCCGAGGCCCCCGCCCAGUACGAGUACGAGUACUCAGUCCACGACCAGCUCUCCGGGGACUCUAAACAAGCCAAAGAGAACCGCAAUGGAGAUGCCGUCCACGGAUUCUACUCCUUCGUUCAGCCCGAUGGUGUACAACGCAUAGUGGAGUACACCGCUGAUAAGAUCCACGGGUUCAACGCUGUGGUUCGAUACGAGGGAGCACCCCAGAAGGUCGCGUAUGCCGCUGCCCCCGCCCCGGUAGCGUACGCUCAGCCGGUUGCCAAAGUUGCGUACGCCCCUGCGCCAGAACCAGUGGCUUAUGCCCAACCUGUAACCAAAGUAGCCUACGCUCCAUCACCGGCUCAAGUGGCUUAUGCCCAACCUGUAACCAAAGUAGCCUACGCUCCCGCACCGGCUCAAGUGGCUUAUGCCCAUCAACCUGUAACCAAAGUGGCCUACGCUCCAGCACCGGCUCAAGUGGCUUAUGCCCAACCUGUAACCAAAGUAGCCUACGCUCCAGCACCGGCUCAAGUGACUUAUGCUCAACCUGUUGCCAAAGUAGCGUAUGCCCCGGCGCCGGCUUCAGUAGCUUACGCCCAACCUGUCGCUAAGGUAGCCUACGCCCCGGCCCCAGCUCCCGCUGUAACCUACGCGCAGUACUCCCAACCGGCUCCCGUAGCCUAUGCUCAACACGUGGCCUACGCUCAGCCUGUCGCCAAGGUCGCCUACGCACAGCCCGUCGCCAAAGUCGCGUACGCACCUGCUCCCGUGGCGUACGCCCAGGCCCCGGCCGCUCACCACCUGUCCUACGCGCCGGCCCCUCACGCUUACCCCGCCCACGUCGGCCAUGUCACCUACUCAUCGCCAGCUGUCUCAUACCAGCAUUAAGUAAUUGUUAAGUUAGUAUUUAUUUUAAUACAUCACUACACCCAAUUGAUUGAA